AUGGCUGGAGCCACAUCGAGUUGGAAAGCAUACAAGGAAGUUAUAAAACAAGAGUCGGCGGUUCAUGAGCUCUUUGCUCUCCAUAAGAAAUACGGUGAUAUUGUCCGCGUUGCGCCGAACGAGCUCCAUUUUGGAAGCCCAGGCGCGUUCCACGAUAUCUACCAUAGCAGCAAAAGGUGGGACAAGGACACGGGUCUUUAUCGAACCCCCGGGGUCUCAUCUGGGUCAUUCACGUUCUUGAAAUAUGCUCAGGCAAAAGAACGACGGGAGGUGAUUCUUCCCAUUUUCUCCAAGAAAGCCAUAAAUAGUCUUGAGCAUCUCGUCUGGCGAAACGCAAAUCGUCUUGCAUCUUCUAUCACCAAAACAAAUGCCACAGAAAGAUCUAUCGACCUACUCUACGCAUUCCGUUCCUAUACUCUCGACACUAUAAUGUGCUUCACAUUCGGCAACUCCGUAAACGCCCUGGAUGCGCCGGCAUUCAGCGACCCUCUCAUUCUAGCCAUGGACGCCAGCCUUCGUAUACUGCCUCUCAUGAAGAAUUUCCCCAUGAUACGAGACCUUAUAUUCGCCGUGCCACCGGCUCUAGUCAUGCGCCUUAUCCCAAACGCUCAGAAACUAGCUCCACGCCUAUACCAGGUCCGGGAUCUCGUCCAACAACAGCUUCAAGUCGUCCUAAACUGCCCCUCGAAGCUAGAUACCGUGCCACACCAGACCCUCUUUCACCGAAUGCUCGACCCAGAAUCAUACCGGAGCAAGGAAGUCCUGAAUCUAACAGAACUACAUGACGAAGGCUUCACACUCAUCUUCGCGGGCGCCAACACAGUAGCCGACACGCUGCUCAUGGGCCACUGGCAUGCAAUGCAAAACCAGACUUUGCUAACGCAGCUGAGAAAUGAGAUUUUGACUGUCUGGCCCGACAUCGACAAGCAGCCAUCCUUGACAGAUCUCGAGACCUUACCACUCCUCACGGCAACUAUCAAAGAAUCCCUGCGCUUUAUUCCAUCUGGCGUAUCGCUAACGCGUGUCGUACCACCAGGCGGCGCUGUGAUAGCAGGGCAACAGAUCCCCGGUGGGACGGUGGUGGGGAUGGCUAUCUUACAUGUGCAUCAGAGCGCGGAAGUAUGGGGUACGGAUGCGCUUGUGUUCCGACCGGAACGGUGGCUGGAGAGUUCAGAUCAGGCAAGUGCCCGGAAUGGGAAGAGUGAAUUGGAUCACUGGCUCGUUGCUUUCAGUCGGGGGCCGCGUAUGUGUUUUGGUAUGAACUUGGCUUGGGCGGAGAUGUACAUCGCUUUCGCGACUAUGGUUCGGAACUUUGACUUGACUAUUGACGGCACAACGGCCGAGGAUAUGCAAUGGCGGGAGUGCAUUGCAGCUUACUAUCCUAAUAGGCAUUUGCAUGCGUGGUGUCGCCCAGCUGGGCUCGGGAAGGUGAAGUAA